CUGUCAGUCUGUCGCCGAGCGUGAGGUGAGGAAGCAUGGCGGAGGAUGUGACUGUGUCAGAGGAGACCCUCACAGGCGCCCUGACUCUGUUCGUUAACCUAGGCAGGCUCCUGCUGCAGACGGCCCAACAGGAGGCACAAGCCUCCCUGCAAGAUUUUGUCCCCAAUAAAAUCACCACUUUAUUUGGGCUGAUGACUGCAGGGGCCAACUUCUACCAGAGCCUUGGAGUGAAGAAGAGGAAUGAAGCAGAGGCCAUUUGGCAGAAGUCAUACCACCUCGCCGCAGUCAGAGAGCAGGUGGAGGAGUUCCUGCAGCUGGAGAGUGAGUGGGAUUCCUUUCUAGAGAGUGUGGACAGAGAUCUGCAGACACCGAACACACAGCCGGCAGGAGCCACAGCAGACAGCCUGAGUGCUGACAUUGCUCUCACUGAUGCAAACAGUGGAGAGAGUGUGAAGCUGGGACAGUAUCUGGGGAAGGGACAGAAGCUCCUGUUGGUCCUCAUCAGACAUUUUGGAUGACUGCCGUGACGAGACCACGUGGCUGAGCUCCAGGCCAAUCAGGGCCUCAUGGACGCUCGGUCACUGCGGGUCUUGGUGGUUUCGUUCGGCGGCGUGGAGGGAGCUCGGCUCUGGCUGGAGCAGACUGGAUGUACCUUCACCAUGCUGCUGGAUCCACAGAGAAAGAUCUACAGGCAGUUUGGCCUGGGUUCCUCCUAUGCCAAGGUGAUGAAGUUCGGCUAUUUGUUGCACUAUUCCGAGUACGUGGCUGUGGGCAGAGACUUCCCGGACAUCCCUCCUCGCCUGCUGGAAGACAUCUAUCAGAUGGGAGGUGAUUUUCUACUAGAUGAGGCAGGGAAGGUUCUCCUUUCCCACCCGUCUGAGAACCCCCUGGACCGGCCGACUGUGGCAGAGCUGCUGAAGGCCGCAGACGCUGACGGCUGCUCCACCAGCGGCACUGACACGUGUGCAUGAACACCUUCACACCAGGGCGGGUGGAGGGGGGGAUUUCUUUUCUCACAGCACUGACACCACAGAGGAAGAGCAGGUCUUCGGCCUACGCUGAUGACGUCACGUCUCACAGUCAUGGCAUCAUGGAGAGGCGUGACUGAUGCGACACCGUGGUCCGAAGACAACUGAUCAUCUUCUUGUGCCAGUGCUGUGAUGGUAGCACUCCUUCAUAAUGCUGAUUCAGUCUUUACAGUUUAAUUGAAAUGAUUCCAGGUAGCACUUUAACCAGGUCUGUCAUUCUAAUCAGAAUGUAAAGUUUAUUAAGACUUACCUUAGAGCUACACGAGCUAACUUAGGACUUUGGUGACCCCAAGUGGCAGCAAGACAUGAUCUGGGAUCUUGUAUCAUGAUCUAGAAUUGUUUUUAACCGGGGGAUACAGCCAGGGUAACCCAUUUUUAAUAAUAACUAACACAUAGCCCAGUUGAUUUUUUUCAUGUACAUUCAAGUUCAAACUAUGAAUUCUAUUGUUGUUUUUGCAGACCUUUACACCGAUAGUUUUUUUUAACAUAUGGUGAUAGUUUUAUAACAUGAAUAUCUACAUUUUACCAUCUCACAUCUCAAAAAUUCAGAUAAGCUCAGGUAAGGUGUCACAUUCAGAUAGUUCCUGUGGCGUCCAUUGGGUCUCAGUUAUCAAUAUGUUGUGAGCAAUGUGAGCAUGUGGAAGUGAUGCACCUGUGUGACAAACAGAUGAACGGACGCACACCUGUUCAUAGGCCUUGUGCUGUGUUGUGCUUCUGGCUUUUCCCUGUAAAUAUAUAUUUUUUAAUCGUGUGCCUUUUAAUCCCAGCCUGCAUUGGAUGCACAGCCCUCCAGUUCUAAUAAGCAGCAGUCAGGUGUUAAAGGUAGGCCUUUGUAUCAGAAGGGAGAAAAAUGAGCCCAAUGCAAGCCUGGACUCACAACAUUUUGGCCCCUUAAAUUAUGUUUGCCAUCAAUUAGCCUAAUCUGGGCAAUGAAAAACCAUUAAAAAAAAAAAAAACAGGGUACCCUUUUGAUGGGUGGUUUUAGACAAUUUUACAUUUUGACAUUUUAGGAUACAGUAUGGCCAAAUCGGUGUCAUAAUUGAAAAAAUACUGCCUAUAAAAGACAAGCUAUGACCUUUGGACAUGGUUUACUGGCUUUCUUGUGUUGUCGUAAAUUUCCUCUGCACGUGCAAAAAGGCCUGACUCCUGUAAAGUUUGAUGAAUCCUAGUUUUCUUAUGUAAAUGUUGGUGUAAAGGAAAUAUGCAAAAAAAUCAUUGCUUGAUGAAUGAGUUCCAAUGUGUUUCACUGUGUGCUACAACACCUACAAGGGAUAAAACACACCAUAAAUGAGAUGGAGCACAUACCUCUACUGAUGCUACACAGGCAUCGCAAUAUGUCAGGUUUUUACCACGAGUUAAAUAUUUCCUCCAUGUGCUGUUAUCAACUUGUGCCGCAUCAGGAGCAGCACACACUUUCAUGGCUGUCGCUGGGAAAUGGGACAUGGAGACUAGAGUCACUUUAAAGCAUUUUAGCUGAUUAUUCCAGCAUCACAAGGCCAGUCUGCACUAGACUUGCUCUGUCUGCUGAUUGGCUCACAAAGUUGACAUCAGGUGAGUCUGUCUAGAAGCUGCAUGCCUCUGUGUAAGACGCCACACCCAUCUUUGGAUAAUCACUGGGUGCAGUUUUGGUCACUAUGCAGCUACAGAUGCUUAACAACAUGAUGAACAAUGUGAUCUCUGAUUCUCUGCACACUGUGGUCAACGUGUCUGUGCAAACAAGUCCUGGAAGCCAUUUUUUCCCCCAAAGAUGGCAAUGUCAUUUUUUACAUUUUGAGUGUUCAUUUUGGUUUAUUAGUUAAAGCCAGUGUUAGGUUUAAGUUGGCAAACAUUGGGAAAAGGCUGUAAGGAAUGAAUCUAAGUGAAUUAGUUCACACCUUUGCCAUCCUAGGAGGAAAAAAAGUCGCCUCCUGGAUUGUUUGGAUUCAGUUAGUUAUUUUUGCCACGAGUGUUUCACAUUUUGAAAACUGCUCACCUACCUGGUGUAAUGAAUCCAAACACUGAAGUCUUUUGAAUAAUCACAACUCUUAAGAUCCUUUUUGUUGCCUAAUGAGUAAAUGAACCAUGUCAACUUUCAAUAAAGAUUUAG